UGUUUUGGUCCAUACACACAGAAUGGCUGCAUCUGAAAUGGCACACUAAUCCUUAUGUAGUUCCCUGGUCAAAUCUAGUACACAUAUAUUGUGAAUAGGGUGGCAUUUCUGACACACCCUAUGAAUCUUGCCAAGCUGCCAGCUAUCACUAGCUGUCAUUUUUCAAUUAGUUAUGACAUGGUUGAUGGCACUUCUGAUACUCCUUGAAGCCUUGUUUUCCAAUCACGUUAAAAUGACACUCCCCAUUUGAUGUGAGACAUGCCCACUUUCAAGAUUGAGUAAUACUUCCUGAUUUUAAAAAAAGGAAAUAUAUGAAUGUUGUCAUUAGCUAUAAAUAUGUUUUAAAUAUAUAAUCUACCUGCCACAUGGUACUAGAGGUAUAACAUUAGCAUUAUUUUGUUCCAGUCCAGCAAAACGAACAUGAUCAGAGAAAUAUCUAUAACUGUUAUAUAGGCUACUUCACCUUAUUCCUGUAAUGUAAAGUGUAAAAACUGUAGGCGUUUCAUUAGGUUCGUUCCAAGCGUAUUUAGAGUUCAUAUUCCCUACAUGUGAUACGCGUAACCUUAACCAAAUUGGUUUUUGUGUUGCGCGUAAUGCUACUUGCGCAUCUCCAGUAUCUUCGCAUCUCAACAUCCAACGCCCAAUAAUAUGGAUAGCGACUACCACAGCUCAGACACGUCUGAACUCGCUACCCAGUACCACCCUAUGCUCUCCUCUAGUGAGGGGCUGAACUGAAUAGAGGAACCUAACACGUUCUAAUAAAGAAACCACAGGGAUGACAAAUCCGUCAGAAGCAGACGACUUUAUCGACUCGGAGGACUCAUUUGGUGACGGCGACAAGGGAAGCAGGAGGCAGUCUGCACAAGAGACCGUCUGUGACAUUCGUCAUACCUUCCAUGGAUCUACAGAGGAACGGUAUCCCUCGUCUCAGCCCAGCCAAGCUCAGCCCGCGUCUGCUACCUCGCCUGGUACCAUGUUCCCACACCGGACACUGCACGGAGCCACCUACCCGGCCCUUGCCAUCACCAGUUCGGGUCACUACAUGGCACACCAUCCUGUGGUCACGCAAGGCUCAUAUAAUAGCCUCUUGACCACCACGUCACCUCAAGGCUUCCCAGCGCCCGGAUACUUUUACGCCCAGCCAUAUGGGCAUGGCCACCAAGGAGGUGCUUUCCACAAGAGCUCAGCAAUGCAAACCGGGAUGGUUUUUGGUAAAGCGCAAGUUUAUCUCUGCAAUAGGGCUCUGUGGCUCACGUUUCACAGGCACCAAACAGAGAUGAUCAUCACUAAACAGGGGCGGUGAGUAUUGACCCGUUCCUAUUC